CCUUAGCAAUUUGAGAACAAAACAAGUGUUUCGAAUAGAUUAUCCUAAGUCUUUGGGAAUAGUGCUGCAAUGGCUUCAAGUCAGGAGGAGGUGACCCUUUUGGGAGCUACUGGAAGCCCAUUUGUGUGCAGGGUUCAUAUUGCCCUCAAGUUGAAGGGAGUUGAAUACAAAUAUGUCGAAGAAAAUUUGAGGAACAAGAGUGAACUGCUUCUCAAAUCCAACCCAGUUCACAAGAAGGUUCCAGUGUUUAUUCACAAUGAGAAGCCCAUAGCAGAGUCUCUUGUGAUUGUUGAAUACAUUGAUGAGACAUGGAAGAACAACCCCAUCUUGCCUUCUGAUCCUUACCAAAGAGCCUUGGCUCGUUUCUGGUCCAAAUUCAUUGAUGAUAAGGUUUUUGGUGCUGCAUGGAAAUCCGUUUUCACAGCUGAUGAGAAAGAGCGUGAGAAGAAUGUUGAGGAAGCAAUUGAGGCUCUGCAGUUUCUUGAGAAUGAGAUAAAGGACAAGAAGUUCUUUGGAGGAGAGGAGAUUGGGUUGGUAGAUAUUGCUGCUGUCUACAUAGCAUUUUGGGUCCCUAUGGUUCAAGAAAUUGCAGGGUUGGAGUUAUUCACAAGUGAGAAAUUUCCUAAGCUCCACAAUUGGAGCCAAGAAUUUUUGAACCAUCCAAUUGUCAAAGAAAGUCUGCCCCCUAGAGAUCCUGUUUUCUCCUUUUUCAAGGGUCUCUAUGAAAGCCUUUUUGGUUCAAAAUAGAUUUGAUGAUGUGGUGUGAGACUUAGUAUUUCUAAGAAUUAUGUGUUUGUUAAAGGCUUCUAUGAAAGCCUCACUGCUUCAAAAUAGAUUCAUGUAUGUGAGACUCAGAAUCUCUGGGGAAAAUUGUGUGUGGUGUGGACUACUUGUUUUGUUUGUCAUUGAGCUAUAUUGCUGUUAAUUAGGAUUUUGUUUCAAAAUGAUGCUUAUAAGUUGUAAUCUAGGAUUUCUCCCUUUGAAAUCCUAGGUUGUUCUUGACAUUUGCUAUUUCAAAGAAUAAAUAUAUAGCAUCUUUCUAUUUCUCAAA